AAAUAACGUUGCCUCAUCAUUGACGGACGAUGCGCGUUAAUUUUUCACUACAAUAUUAACUGAAACAUGGAGAACACAACAACGCUGGGUUGUCUCGUUUUACUCUGUAUAUUCAUCACGUUUCCCAGAACAAAAGGUGCGUGUCGAUUUAGAAGAUUCGGGAUUGACUGCCGCUACUCCUGCAACUGCCCGGGUGGGUGCAACGAUGUGAAUGGAGUGUGUCGGGGACCCUGCUAUCCAGGGUGGCACUCUGGGAACGGAACUGUGUGCCAAACGAAAAAUAUUGCUUAUAAUGGAUCGACCAAGCAAAGUUCGAACUACUAUACAUUCAAGUACUUGUCAAAUAAAGCUGUAGAUGGGAAUCGAGAUCAAAACAUUUACGAUGGUUCGUGUUCUCAUACUGGUCUCAACAAAACGUCGGCGUCGUGGCAAGUUAACAUAGAACCUCCAACACAAAUAUACCAAGUUAAGAUGUACUACAGACAAGACCUGCGUAAACGUUUCCGCCGAUUUACACUUUACCUGAAUGACGUUGAUGAGGAGUGGCGAGUUUGCUACCAUCAUCAGAAGGACUCCAUUCAGUCCAUUGUUAAUGUGAACUGUAACAUUACGACUAAGACGAAGGCCUUGUUUGUUUACAACGAGAGGGGAACUCCCGAAACAAGCGGCCAGAGCUACGAGCGUCAUGCGUACAUGGAACUUUGUGAAGUUGAAGUUUAUGUGUGUUCUAAGGGAACAUAUGGUGACUGCAGGCAGUUUUGUUACUGUAAAGAUGGACCCUGCGAUUUUAUCACUGGGCAGUGUCCAGGAAGUGGUUUAUGUGAAAACGGCUUUACGGGUCAACAUUGUCAAACAGACUGCAGCAGUAUUGGUAAAUAUGGCGUGAACUGUUCGGAGAGCUGUAGUGCAAGCCAUUGUUUUAAUCGCCAGAUGUGUCAUCGAGUCACAGGUCGGUGUUUAGAUGGGUGUCAGGAUGGUUGGAUAGAACCUACAUGUGUCAAACACACACAGGUUGUUCCAUGCCACUUAUCGGUAAAGGUUAAUUCGGAUGCCACAGAGCUGUGUAUAAGAUCAUUGUAA